AUGCAUCCUUAUCCCCCGUCCUCGUCGCAAUCGAGCGACUGCGAGGACCAUCUCUCCUCAGCCCAUAAACGCGUCCUACAUCGUCUCGCGUUGGGAUUUCGAGCUGGACUCCCACUUCGCAGCCUUCUAGAUUCUGCCAACUCGCUGCACGGCUCUUGUCCAUUCCUCCUCCCAUCAGCCCAGGACUACCUGCUCUCCCUAACUCUCGAUUUCACCCCUUCCCAAUGCCCCCCUCUCUUUUCCCUCGGCUCCCAUCGCAACGCCAGUCUCUUGCGGUUGAUGUUCGACGAGCUCGACCACACUCCGAGUCCAUCAUUCUCUGACCGUUUCCUCGACAACGCCACUGCCUUCUGCACUUCUCAACACAAACGCAUACCCAUCUCUACCCACGUCGUAUUUCAACUUCCAUCAAAGAAACAAAGCUCACCAAGACAAGCAACUUUGAAUGUUUCUACACGCCUCUCCGACACUGGAAGACGCGUAUGGGCCGCUUCUCUUGUCCUUUAUGCGCAUGCCGUCUUCCCCGGUGCAUUCGCUUCAUCCAUCUAUCAAGCAUCUGUUCUAGAGCUAGGCGCCGGCACCGGUCUCUCUGCCGCUGCCUUUGAGGAGGCCGACGUGCGUAGUGCUUGUCUCACAGACUGUGACCCUGCUGCAUUGCAUACUAUGAAGCAAAAUUCUUCCACUGUAGUCUCUUACCCCGCCCACUGGCUCUCUUUCGCCAAAUUAGACAUCGGUGAAAAACACUGCGUGCGCGAAGUCACAGACAAGAACAAGGUUGACGUCGUCGUAGCCGCUGAUGUCGUUUACGAUCCCGAUUUUAUACCUGCCGUUGUCGAUGCCUUCGAGAACGCCCUUAAAGCAAGUACGAGAGAGGGGUAUUUGUUUGCGACGAGUAGAACUGAGACGUCCGAUCAAUUACUCAAUGAAGCUCUCGGCCAAAGCGACAUGCAGGUCGCUGUUUUGCAAGACAAUGUCAACUUGGAUUGCUUUGGGUAUCUGUGUGACUGGCAUCUCGACAGGGUCAGGGUGUUUAGACUACGCACGAAGGGAUCUGCAUGA